AUGGACUCGCUUGCGUGGGUAUUGGCGCUACUGCUGGUGCUGGCGGGCGCCGGGUACAUGUACAUGCAGCGACAAGAAGAGGCCAAGAAGCAGGAGCAAAAGCUUCAGAAGGAGAAGGAAGAGCUGGCACGCCAGAAGUUCCACGCACUCAAUAACAAGAAGCCGAAAAGCAAGACCAAGAAAAAGAUCGACGUGACGGCGGAGCUUAAGAAGAAGAAAUCCCAAGCAGUUGCACAGGACGCAGGAGAAGAACACUCGAGCAUCUUGCAUGUGCUUAGGGGCCACAAAUACGGCAUCACGGCCGCCGCCUACAGCCCCAACGGCCGCUUUCUGGCCACCGCCAGCUCGGACCGCUCCAUCCGCCUCUAUUUCCGCGACACACUCAAGGACAAGAACCCCAAGCUGCACCAGAUCAAUAUCGAGUACGAUCACGUCACGGCCAUGUGUUUCAGCUCGGAUGGACGCAGUCUCGUGGUUGCAACAGAGAACGGCAACGUCAAAGUCUACCAAAAACUUCGUCUCAAACCGAAAAUGGUGGCGGAGUUCCCAGUCUCGCACAAAACAGACGUGCACUCUGUGCUCAUGAACGAUAUCGGCAAUUGGGCAACGAUCAUCACGUGUGCGGGUGACUCGGACACGGAUGUCAAGUUCUGGAACUUGAGUGGCGAGCUGCUGCAGACAGUCAACACGAACCAGGUGGCCAACUACCACUGCGUCGGCUCCAAGGACAAUCGAUAUAUCGCUGUGGCAGCAUACACGCCGGAAGUCAAGAUCUACGAGAUUGCACGUGAGAAGACGGGCGCGUUUAAGAAGGUGAACAAGAUCAUGACGCUACAAGGACACAGAACGGGUGUGAUGGAUCUCGCCUUUGACGGCUCAGAUGCGCUUCCAGUGAACCGCGUCGUGACUAUUUCCAAGGACUCCUCUGUCCGUCUAUGGGAUAUUAACGUGCGAUACACUGUGCAAGAAGAUCCCAAGGUGCUGUCGUCAUUUAAUGCCAGCGGCGAUGAACCUUUCCAGGCUACCGACUUCGCUCCUAAGGGGAAGAUGCUGGCUAUGGUGCGAGGUAAAGACCUUGUGUUUGUUCGAACCAGCGACAACGAGGAGUUUUUCACCAUCGAGAACGCGAUCGAAGAUCAGAUCAAGCGAGCUACGUUCUCACCCGACGGAUCUGAAGUUCUUGUUCUAGGCAAGAACUGCAAACACGUCAAGAUCUACACGACGCCCGAGUUAUAGAGGUGGAUAAACACUUGAUUUCAUAGAGAUGAAGACAUGUAUUUGUCAUGGC